AGCCGUGCGCAGAUCGGCAGGGAGGGCGCUCGGGGUCGUGUGCAAACCGCGUGUGGCGCAGCCAGCAGGGACUCAACGGUAGCAGGAGUGACGCGUGAGAGGCCAGUCUCAAGUCUCGCGCGCGCCCGCGUGCUUGCGUACGUAGGUAGGGAGGAGAAGGGCGAGAGGAGAGUCCCGGCCUCGGCGGAACCGAGAGAGGUAAGGAGCGGAGGACGAGCAAGAAGGCCGAGCGCGGGGAAGAAGACUUACGGGGUGGAAGGCGCUCUCUGACGGAGGCGAGCUACAGGAGGAGGGCGCUGCCUUGCUGCGGCCUACUGCGCGGGAAAAAAAUAUUUUCUGCCUCGUCCAUCGGAGGCCGGGAAAAAGGGUCUGAAAGAAAACCUAACUGCAGCUAUGAGCAGCAACGAGUGCUUCAAGUGUGGACGUACUGGCCACUGGGCUCGGGAAUGCCCCACUGGAAUUGGCCGUGGCCGUGGAAUGCGAAGCCGUGGUAGAGGCUUCCAGUUCAUGUCUUCAUCACUUCCAGACAUCUGUUACCGCUGUGGUGAGUCUGGUCAUCUUGCCAAGGAUUGUGAUCUUCAGGAGGAUGAAGCCUGCUAUAACUGCGGUAGAGGUGGCCAUAUUGCUAAGGACUGCAAGGAACCCAAGAGAGAGCGAGAGCAGUGCUGUUACAACUGUGGCAAACCUGGCCACUUGGCUCGUGACUGUGACCAUGCUGAUGAGCAGAAGUGCUAUUCUUGUGGGGAAUUUGGACACAUUCAGAAGGACUGCACCAAAGUUAAAUGCUAUAGGUGUGGUGAAACUGGCCACGUAGCCAUCAACUGCAGCAAGACUAGUGAAGUCAACUGCUAUCGUUGUGGCGAGUCAGGACACCUUGCACGGGAAUGCACAAUUGAGGCUACAGCUUAACUGUUUUCCUUUGUCGCCCCUCCUUUUUCUGAUUGAUGGUUGUAUUAUUUUUCUCUGAAUCCUCUUCACUGGCCAACGGUUGGCAGAUAGAGGCUACUCCCAGGCCAGUGAGCUUUACUUGCCGUGUAAAAGGAGGAAAGGGGUGGAAAAAUCGACUUUCUGCAUUUAACUACAAAAAUGUUUAUGUUUAGUUUGGUAGAGGUGUUAUGUAUAAUGCUUUGUUAAAGAACCCCCUUUCCGUGCCACUGGUGAAUAGGGAUGGAUGAGUGGAACGAGUCAAGUCAGACCAGCAAAGCCUCCCUGGGUUCCAUGGAAGUGAUCAAAUGCAGGAGGGAAACUGGAAGUGUCUGAACUUCACAGUAUUACGUUAUUAUUACAAUAAUGGCCUUGGAUUGUCUGACCUCAGUAGCAGUAUAAUGACAUCAAGUAAUAUCUGUAUGGGGCCUUAACUAGAGCAAGUAGCUAAGUGGAUAAACAAAACAAUACACAUGCCUGUUACUGGCCAUGAGAGUGAGGGAGAAAUCGAGAAUUGAAGUAACGGUAAUACAAUAAGUGAGUGUCUAAUAUAAGGUAUCAAGGUAAUGGGAAACGUUGAAUAAAUACUUCAAAAUAAAUCAAAACCCAGAACAUCAUUGCUUAGAGCAUACACAAUUUGGAGUUAUUCAGGACUUGAAAAGAAAUGCAUUUUCACAGAAAUCAAGAUGUUAUUUUUGUAUACUAUAUCACUUAGACAACUGUUGAGUUUCAUUUGCUUGUAAUCAGUUUUUAAAGUCAGAUGGUAAAAGCAAUUGAAGUCCUAGAAUAUAGAAAUGUAAUUUUAAACUAUCAAUAAAGCUGGAGGAGGAAGGGGA